AUUUUGUAGUUUUUUGGAAGUUUUGGAAGUUCAGUUUUUUGGGGAAUCCGGUUUCCGACCCGCAUAGUAUGUGGCGGGAUGUACAUUAAAUUGUGUGAUCGCCAAUAAACCAGGCAUAGAAGAAGAGGUACUCUAAUUUCUUUCUAAAGAAGAAGAAGAAGAAGCAGCAGCUGCUACCGGAAAUGAGUAUUUGCUUGCGAUCAGUUCAAUUUGAGCAUGGCAAUGAGAGCAUUUCCACGAGUUCGACUGAUUUAAGAUUCAUACAUGCUUAACGUUAAUAUGGACAGCGGGACAUACUCAUCCUGCUCCUCAUCCUGAUGCUUGAAACAGCACAUUGACUGAUCUUCAUGUGAGCACAGGCGCAGAAGAAAAGUUAGAGCAGACAAGUUUUUGUAUCUCUGGCGAGUUGAUUUGCAUCUAAAAGCACCAGAAUCGCUUUGACGGGCCGCCUGCCUGCUGAGUGCUAAUUGGGGAUUGUGAGAAAUUUUGAAGAGUAACCAGCUGGCAAGUCAUCAUUUACCUAACGGACUAUUGCCUUGUUUACCACGUGAGAAAAUGAGUCCAGAGAGGGCAACAUUGUUGGAUGACAUAGCACUGAGUUUAUGGACUUUAACCGAGGAUAAUUUACGUUAUCUAUGCGAGCUGUGUGGAAUAUGUGGCCGAGAUGGGUCUGAAGUCAAAGGAGAGAGUAGACGCUCACUGCGUCGUAAAAUAUUGGAGGAAUAUUGUGAGAGUGCUGAUUUAACAGAAUCCGAGGAACAAGGAAUGUCUCGGUUACUACAACUGAAAGAAGACAUCACCGGAAUAGAGGAAGAGGCUAGCGUUGUCCCCACGGGUCCCAGACAAUCAGCGACAGCGGGCAGCUCACAAGCAUGUUGCCAUGGAGAACAGAAUGAAGAGGGAGGGGGUUGGUUUCCCAGCAGGAAGCUGGAGGCAGAGCCAGUUCCACACUGGCUCAUUAUACCGCAGGUGAGAGUGAGGGGGUCUGAGACCAAAUGUACAGAGUCACUGGGUCCUGGUUGUGACGGUGGGCAGCAGGCCCCAGAGAUGGCGUCUUGGCAGACUCUAAAGAGGUUAACGGUGCUGCUGGAGGACUGCAGGUUUAUGCCGGGCCAGAGAGUCAACAUCAAAGUAGAAGAAGAGGAGGAGAUGAUUUCUGUCUUUGCUGAUGAUGGAAAGAGCUCAAGACCCCAAAAAGAGUCCCCAAGACUCCAAAAAGAGUCCCCAAGACUCCAAAAAGAGUCCCCAAGACUCCAAAAAGAGUCCCCAAGACUCCAAAAAGAGUCCCCAAGACUCCAAAAAGAGAGCUCUCACAGUUCCCAACGUGAGAAGAGCUUCACAAAACAAUCACGUCUUAAACGGCGCCUGCACUCCGGAGAGACACCUCCCCACUGUUCGGGUAGCAAAGAAAGUGUCUCUACUGUGACAUUGUCGAAGAGACCCAAGACAGUCCAUCCUAAAGAGAAGUGUCAGAACUGCUCUGACUGCGGUAGAAGUUUCUCUUCGACAGGAUGUAUCAGGAAACGCAUGCCGUUGUUCCAUUCAGGAGAGAAACCCUUCCACUGCCUAGAGUGUAGUAAGAAGUACACUAGAUCAGAUCAGUUGAAAGAUCAUAUGGUUAUAUGCUCUGGUGUGAGACCUUACCAAUGCCCUGACUGUGAAAAACAAUGUCAGGAAGUAUCACAUGCUGUAGUAAAAAGUUCUGAUCCUAAUAACGUGUUAGUACAUUCUGGAGAGAAAUUGUAUCAAUACCCUAACCAUGAGAAGACUUGCACAGCAUCAGACCAUACUCAACAGCUGUACACACACCCUGGAGAGACGCCUUACCGUUGUUCAGAUUGUAAUUCAUAUUUCGUUAAUGCAUUACAAUUUAAGAGACAUAAGCAAGAGCACACUGGAGAGAAGCCUCACCUCUGCUCCAAAUGUGAUCUUUGUUUCUUUAUAGAAGAGGAUUUAAAAGCACAUGAGACGAUUCACACAGAGAAGCUUCACCCCUGUUCUGACUGUGGGCAAACAUUUUCUACAGCGCGAUAUUUAACUAAACACAAGCGGACACAUUUAGGGAUUAAGCCUUUCCGUUGCACGCAAUGUGACAAAGGGUACACCAAUUCAGAUCAGCUAAAAGUUCAUACGAUGACGCAUACUGGGGAGCGACCGUACCAAUGUGGUCAAUGUAAGAAGAGUUUUAAAACCAAGCCCCAUCUUAAAUACCACCUGUUAAUUCAUGAGGUAGGGAUGUUUCACCACUGCCCCGACUGUGAUCAAAGGUUCUCCGCUGAGGAAACUUUAAAGGAACACAUGCAGUUUCACAUGGUAGAGAAACUUUUCCACUGUCUGCAAUGUGAGAAGAGGUACAGUACUUCAGAUGGAUUGACAGAACAUAUGAUGACUCAUACUGAUUCUGAUGGGUCACCAAGUACCAGAAAUGUAGGAGAACAAUGUCAGGAAAUACAUGCCGUCGAAAAAAGUUUAAAUAUUAAUCAACGCCUGCAGGAACAUUCUGUAGAGAACCCUCACCCUCAUCUGUGUCCUCACUGUGAGAAGGGUUUCUCAAAACAAUCGUAUCUUAAAGAACACUUGCUUUUACAUGCUUGCGAGAUAACUUCUCGUACCCUGGUAAGGUAUCCGACUUCCAGAAGAUUAAAAGAUCAUCAGGCAAAGUCGCAUAUAGAAAGGCCUUGUAUUUGUUCUGACUGUGGAAAGAGCUUUGCUCAACUACGCAGUCUUACUAGGCACCAGCAAAUACACACGGGGGAAAAGCCUCACCAGUGCCCCAUCUGUGAGAAGAGUUUCUACAGGAAAUCUAAUCUUCAACAACACUUGGCAGUACAUGCUGGCAAGAAACCUUACCAGUGCUCUCAUUGUGAGAAGAGUUUCUCAAGACAAUUACAACUUAAGAUACAUAUGUACUCGCACACUGGAGAGCAAACUUACCAUUGUGCCGAUUGUAAUUCAUAUUUCCUUUAUGCGUUACAAUUCAAGAGACAUAUGCAAGAGCACACUGGAGAGAAGCCUCACCUCUGCUCUGACUGUGGUCUAACCUUCCUUAUCGAAGAGGACUUAAAAGCACAUGAAAGGAUUCACAGAGGAGAGAAGCCUCAUCACUGCUCUGACUGUGGGCGAAAUUUCUCCUCGGCAGGAUGCUUAAAUCAACACAAGCUCUUGCAUCUGGGACACAAAUCUUUCCAAUGUGAGCAAUGUGAUAAGAAGUUCUCAAGAUCAAUUCAGUUGAAAGUUCAUAUGUCAAGACAUACCGGAGAGAAACCAUAUCAAUGUUCUGAAUGUGAUAAAAGUUAUUGUCUUUCCAACCUCUUACAAAAACAUCGGAGUAUAACGCACAGGGGAGAAAAACCUUACCUUUGCUCUGACUGUGGAAAGUGUUUUGGUUACCGACACCAACUCAUAGUCCACCAGCGAAUGCACACUGGGGAAAAGCCCUUUGUCUGCUCUGAGUGUGGGAAACAGUAUUCCAAUACAUGUGGCUUGAAGAUACAUCAGCGAACACAUACUGGAGAGAAACCGUACGAAUGUCCCGACUGUGAUCAAUGUUUCAUCCGGGUAGAUUCCCUUAAACACCAUCAAUCAUCAACGCAUACAGGGAAGUGGCCUUUCAACUGCAUUAUUUGUGGAAAAGGUUUUUCGUCGAGCUGUGAGCUAAAAGGCCACAUGCGCAGUCAUAGUGGCGAUAAGCCUUAUCAAUGCCCCGUCUGUGAGAAGCGUUUCACGCUCGCGGGAACCUGUCGAAAGCACCAGAAAACUCACACCGUGAGAGAGAAACCUCACGCCUGUUCUGAAUGCGAAAAGAGUUUUGUAAAUGUACAAAGACUAAAGGUACACAAGAGAGUACACACUGGUGAGAAGCCAUACCACUGCUCCGACUGUGGGAAGAACUUCACUCAAUUGACAAGCUUAAAUAGGCACAAGGUCAAACAACACACAAGGAUAUAGAAAAAAAGCAGACUGCCUCCUGAGUGGCGCAGUGGUCUAAGGUACUGCAUCGCUGUGCCACUAGAUAUUCUGGGUUCGAGUCUAGGCUCUGUCGCGACCGGGAGACCCGUUGGCCGAGCGUCGUCCGGGUUAGGGGAGGCUUUAGCCGGCAGGGAUAUCCUUGUACCAUCGUGCACUAGCGAAUCCUGUGGCGGGCCUGGCGCAGUGCAUGCUGACACGGUUGCUUGGUGUACGGCGUUUCCUCCGACACAUUGGCGAGGCUGACUUCUGGGUAAUGUGGGCAUUGUGUCAAGAAGCAGUGCGGCUCUCGACCUUCGCCUCUCCUGAGUCUGUACGGGAGUUGCAGCGAUGAGACAAGACUAACUACCAAUUGGGGACAAAAAGGAGUAACAAAAAAUGGGGGGAGACUGAACAUGGCCAAGGAAAGUAUCACUGUACUGCUACCAUCCAGUUCCUUCAAAGUCCUGCUCCUUGACUAUUUCCACAUUUUGUGUUACAGCCUGAAUUUUUUUUAAUGGAUAAAAUUGAGACUUUUUGACACUGGCUCCAUGUCAGUGGAUUACAUUCAUAAAGCUUGAAAAGCUGAAAUGUCUUGAGUCAAUCAUAUUCAACCCCCUUUUUGUUAUGGGAAGUCUAAAUAAGUUCAGGAGGAAAAAUGUGCUAAAGUUUCCAUGGACUCACUUUGUGUGCAAUAAUAAUAAUAAGUGUUUAACCUGUUUUUGGAAUGACUGCCUCAUCUCUCUCUUCCCCACACAUACAAUUAUCUCUAAGGUCCCUUUGUCGAGCAGUGAAUUUCAAACACAAAUUCAACUACGAAGACCAGGGAGGUUGAUCUAUUGAUGGAUGGGGAAAAAAGCAAGACAUUUUGAGUAUUCCUUUGAGCAUGGUGAAGUAUCAGUACACCCAGUCACUAUGAAGUGGUAGAUGUCCUUCCUAGCUCAGUUGCCGGAGAGGAAGAGAACCGCUCUGGGAUUUCACCAUGAGGCCAACGGUGACUUUAAAACAGUUACAUAGUUUAGUGGCUGUAAUAGCAGAAAACUGAGGAUGGAUCAACAUUGUAGUUACUCCACAAUGCUAACCUAAAUGACAGUAAGGAAGGAAUCCUGUACAGAAUAAAAAAUAUUCCGAAACAUGCAUCCUGUUUGCAACAAGGCACUCUAGAAAUACUUUCAAAAAUGUGGCAAAGCAAUUAACAUUUUUGUCAUGUUUUUCAAUACGACACAUUACUGAGUACCUCUCUCCAAGCAUAGUGGUGGCUGUAUCAUGUUAUGGGUAUGCUUGUAAUUGUUAAGGACGGGAGUUUUUCAGGAUUAAAAAAUAAAUAUACGGAAUGGAGCUAAGCAAAACCCUUUAUGACAACCUGGUUCAGUCUGCUUUCCAACAGACACUGGGUGAUGAAUUCACCUUUCAGCAGGACAAUAACCUAAAACACAAGGCCAAAUCUACACUGGAGUUGCUUACCAAGAAGUCGGUCAAUGUUCCCGAAUGGCCGCGUUCGUUUUGACUUAAAUCUGACAAGAUCUGAAAAAUGGUUGUUAUGCAAUGCUCAACAACCAAUUUGACAAGAGCUUGACGAGUUUUGAGGCAAAUGUUGAACAAUCCAGGGGUGGAGUUACACAGAACGAGUCCGUUGUAAUUGCUGCCAAAGGUACUAAUACAAAGUAUUGACUCGGGUGUGAAAUAUUUUACGUAAUUUGAUAUUUUUGUAUAUCAUUUUUCAGUAAAGUUGCUUGCAUUUCCAAAGCCGUGUUUUCACAUUUAUGGGGAAAAUAUGUUCAAUCCAUUUAAGAAAUGUAGGCUUUAACAAAAUGUAGGCUUUAACAAAAUGUAGGCUUUAACAAAAUGUAGGCUUUAACAAAAUGUAGGCUUUAACAAAAUGUGGAAUAAGUCAUGGUAUGAAUAAUUUCUGAAGGUACUCGAUAUGGUCUUCUACUUUGCUACCUUGUUUACCGUACCUUUGGUACUACCUAACCUGCACACCAACUAACUUUUGUAUUCUAUUGCUCCCAUGGUUGACGAGGCUGUAUCUGAACUACAGGAACAUUUAUUGACCUGAAAUUAGUAUUGAAUGUAGGUCAAACAAAGUAUACUGUAUGUUCUUCUAUGGAGUGCAUGCAAAUAAUUGAUUUAAAUUAUAUGUACUUUGGAUGGUGCCCAUAUUGAUUGUGUCUCUGCUUACAAAUAUUGGGGCAUCUGGAUAAGUGAAAAUCUGUCUUUCAAUAUAAAGCAUAUUGACGAGUUUAGCUGAGAAUAUAUUUUUUAUAAGUAGGUCAUGCCUUUCACUAAAUAGUUAGAAAGCAGAUCGUUCAGUCGACGUUCCUACCGGUCCUUGACUAUGGCAACAUCCUCUAUAUGAACACAGCUGCCACUUCAUUAAAGCCCUUAGAUGCUGUUCAUCUUAGCACAUUGCUUUAUUACGGGCAACAGGUUUAGUACUCAUCACUGCGUUCUCUACCAGAAAGCAGGUUGGUCCUCUUUGAUGUCACGUAGGUUGAUACAUUGCUAUGUUUUAAUUUGUAAAGUCCCAUUUUUUUACAAAAAAAAGUCCCACUGUGCCAAACACAAUCACUAACCUUAAGAGCUACAGAGUUACUAAACCCAGUCUCCGGGAUGGUUAACUCUGGGCAUUCCUUUGGUCUCUACACAUUUUAUUUAUUUUGCACGGUAUUUGUGGAUCAAUCUUCAAGAUGUUAGAAAAUGUGAUGUUUUGAAGCCUCUGGAAAUGCAUAACACUGUUGGACCUUUUUAUUACUGAUGAAUGUGUGAUUUCUAUUAUGACCGUGUUUGUCUUUCUGCUUGCAUUGUUUUGUAUUUUAUGUCGUUCUGGGCUCAUGACUUACUUGAUUAAAAAAAAAAUGUAGUUAAUUAAGGUGAGUUAUUCAUCACAGUGGAGACGCUGUAGUCUGCAUAAAAAAAGGAGAAUAUGUAAUGAUUUAAACUACACGAUGUAACAACGAUUACCUCCACGACGUAAUGAUAAGUUACUCAUUUCACCUACAAGCUCGACUGUAUUCAGUCUAACUCCUUCAGAACCCAGUCUUUAACUUUUUGGGGUUUUUUUCUUCUUCAACUGAUAACAACGAUGAUUUGACUAAGCUAAAUGAUUUCCCACCAACUGCUACACUAAAGAAUGCCAAUAAAAGGUAGAGCUUAAAUGUAACAAGGUUGUUUUUAUAGUAUAAUUAUUUGCCUCAUUGUUCUAUUUUAUAGAUUUAUUUUAUCAUUUGAAGGACUUGAAAUCUGUUUUGACCCAUUUGGAACUUGAUUUAAUUGUACGUGUUCUGUAGCCUGGCUACCUGUCUGCUGUCAUGCCACUCGCUGUCAUAUGCCAAACAUGCUAGCGGAAACAGACUGGCACCCAGGCUUCAUGUUCUGCACUUCUUCUUCUUUUAUGUGUAUUUUAUGCCGGCCCUAUUUGAACAUUUUUAAAACAAUUCAGUUACAGAUGUGGAAUCACUGCAUUUUAAAAUAAAAAUAUACACUACCGUUCAAA